AACGAAUAUAAAUCUGGAAAGUAGAGGUGUCACAUUCUCUGUAAAGACUAAAAUACCCUGCUGUGUCAUAUGCAAUUGAAAAACGCCAUCGAGUUGAAAUGCAGGCAAGUGUCCAUUUGUGUCCAUUAAAUUUGUUUUAAUAUCAAUAUGACAUUUGUGUCUUGCCUUGUAGUAUCUAUGUCUCGGAUCCGAUUCAUGCUUCUUAACUUUACAUGUAUCGUAUCACGUCUCAUGACAGUAGCAUCAAGUUGAUAAAUUCAUAAAUUUAUAAUAUCUGUAAUUUUGAAUUAUCGGAAAUUUAGACUGAAAAGUGAAAAAGAAAAUUAAAAGAAAGGAGCUUUUAUAGUAUUAUCCUAAGAGAUUCGGUGAAGCGGAAAGAAAUUAUAUUCUCAAAUUCAAUAUAAAUUACAUUGAAGAAAUAAAAUGUAGAGAUGAGUGUCCUUAAACAUUCAAUGAAUUGUGCCCAUUAUUCAAGUGUUAAUCACACACACCUAUCAUCUCUCAAACAAAAAGAAAAAAAUAAAAAGAAAAAUCACACGAACGCAUCUAUUAGAAGCAAAAGCAUUCCCUCCAAAACUCAUACAAACUGAUAUCCAGUGACUUGUCCUUUGAAAUAAAAACCAAACACAGAGGGAGAGAAACCCAAAAGCUCCAACAAAGAAUGAAUGAAGAAUUCAUCACUUGUUACUCUCUGUUUCAAAAUCCAUAAACGCCAGUACUCCGCAUCUGCAACAACAGCGGCAGCAGCAGCAGCAGCAGCAACAGUUGCCUUUAACCUCAGAACCUGGUUCAACAAAUACUUCGAGAAGACCAAUGUCUUCUCUUGGAACUCUCUCAUUGCCGACUUGGCUCGGAGCGGCGACUCAAUCGAGUCUCUUCGAGCUUUCUAUUCCAUGCGGAAGCUCAAUCUCAAACCGAAUCGCUCUACUUUCCCUUGCGCAAUCAAAGCAUGUUCAUCUCUGCUCGAUCUUCACUGGGGUAAACAGACUCAUCAACAAGCACUGGUUUUUGGGUUCGAAUCAGACCUCUUUGUCUCAUCAGCGUUGGUUGACAUGUACUCAAAAUGUGGGCGAUUAAGCGAUGCUCGAAUCCUGUUUGAUGAAAUUACUCAUAGAAAUAUUGUAAUUUGGACGUCUAUGAUUACUGGGUAUAUUCAAAAUGACCAUGCCCAUGAAGCAUUAUUGCUAUUUAAGCAGUUCUUGAUUGAAGAGAGUGAGAGAAACGAGGAGAAAGAUGAGGUUCUUAUGGAUUCAGUUGCUAUGGUUUCGGUUUUAUCCGCAUGUUCUCGUAUUUCCGGGAAGGGAAUGACUAAGGGAGUUCAUGGGUUCGUGGUGAAGAAGGGAUUGGAUGAAGAUGUGGGAAUUGAGAAUACUUUGUUAGAUGCAUAUGCAAAGUGUGGUGAGGUGGGUGUUUCACGGCAGGUGUUUGAUGAGAUAGUUGAGAAGGAUGCAAUUUCUUGGAAUUCUAUGAUUGCUGUUUAUGCACAAAAUGGGUUAUCCAGUGAGGCUUUUGAAGUUUUUCAUGGGAUGAUAAAGUAUGGUUAUGUAAAAUAUAAUGCGGUGACAUUAUCUACUUUAUUGUUAGCUUGUGCGCAUUCUGGGGCUUUGCAAACAGGGAAGUGUAUACAUGAUCAGGUCAUAAGGAUGGGUUUGGAUGAUAAUGUGAUUGUGGGUACCUCUUUAAUAGAUAUGUAUUGCAAAUGUGGGCGGGUACAAAUGGCAAGGAAAACAUUUGAUGGCAUGAAGGAGAAGAAUGUGAAGUCAUGGACUGCAAUGGUUGCAGGUUAUGGAAUGCACGGUUGUGCAAGAGAAGCUUUGAAUAUUUUCUACAAGAUGAUAAGGAGUGGGGUCAAACCAAAUUACAUAACUUUUGUUUCAGUGCUAGCUGCUUGUAGUCACGCUGGUCUGUUAGAUGAAGGUUGGUACUGGUUCAAUGCCAUGAACCAUCAAUUUAAAGUAGAACCUGGAGUUGAGCAUUAUGGUUGCAUGGUUGAUCUUUUUGGGCGUGCUGGUUAUCUGAAUGAAGCUUAUGGUUUGAUAAAGAAGAUGAAGGUGAAGCCUGAUUUUGUACUCUGGGGUUCUCUUCUUGCAGCUUGUCGAAUUCACAAAAAUGUGGAACUUGCAGAGAUUUCUGCAAGGGAACUGUUUGAGCUUGAUCCAAGCAAUUGUGGGUAUUACAUCUUGCUUUCAAACAUAUAUGCUGAUGCUGGAAGAUGGAAAGAAGUUGAAAGGAUGAGAGUACUUGUGAAAGAUCGUGGACUUAUUAAACCACCUGGAUUCAGUUUGGCUGAACUUAAGGGCAGGGUGCAUGUAUUCUUGGUUGGAGAUAAAGAGCAUCCUCACUAUGAGAAGAUUUAUAGUUUUUUGGAUGAACUCAUUGUAAAGCUACAACAGGCUGGCUAUGUACCUAAUAUGGCAUCAGUUCUUCAUGAUGUUGAUGAGGAAGAAAAGGAAAUGACCCUACGAGUUCACAGUGAGAAGCUGGCUGUUGCCUUUGGAGUCAUGAAUUCAUUUCCUGGUUCAACAAUUCAUAUCAUCAAAAAUCUUAGGGUUUGUGGUGACUGUCAUACUAUGAUUAAGCUUAUUACAAAGAUUGUUGAUCGAGAAGUCGUGGUAAGAGACUCAAAGCGAUUUCAUCACUUCAAGGAUGGCUUCUGUUCAUGUGGAGAUUAUUGGUGAUAUUUAUAUAGAUGGAAGAAAAAAUUUGUAGCAAUUUUACUUGUAUUGUGAAGGUUAUUUUCAGUUGGAUCAGCAAGCUUUUCUUGCAGCAAUUACGGAAAGACAUGGUGCUGGAAAACUUCUGAAAUCUAAGAGUUUAGUUGUAGAACUCAAGAAAUUCAUUGAUGAAUCAAGUUGAAAUCUGAAACAUAGUCACUUUAUGACUGCAAAGAGGAUGACAACCAUGUGGGAAAAUUAAUUCCCAUAUAUUUUUUUCCAGAGGAUGCUCUUAUAUUUUUCAUGUUGGAAAUUAGAGUUGUAUCUGAUAUGAACUACAAUAUAUGCUGGAGCAGAAACGGCAACUGAAAUUUUUUCAUGAACA